CGACGGACCGGAAAAAAAUGUGUUUUUGAUCGGCGCCGUGUGCUCUAUUCGCAGUGCUGUUAGUGGAUCCAAAAUGGCAUCGUCUGUGAGUAUUAGUGACAAUGUGUGCAGUAUAGAGAUUGACAAGCUCAUGUCUACUAACUUACAUUUAUUAUUUGGUCCUUGAGGACCCCCUCUCACAGUGUAUUGAUAAUUAGUUUAUUGAUGGACAGCAGUAAUUAAUGAUACGUGUGUCAUAAUAUUGUACAGCGCUACGGAAUCUGUUGGCGCCAUAUAAGUGGAAAUAAUAAUAAUAAUAAUAAGUGUAAUACCCCCCGCCCCCCAUCAGAAUAUGGUAUUAGUUAUUUCAUUUCUUGAGUAAUCAUAAAUGAAGUUAUCAAAUACCCAAUCACUCUCUAUCCUUAUCCGCUUUAUUUCUUUCAUUUUUUUUUUUUUUUACAUUUAUCGUAAGACUAUUACAAUUUUAUUAAACAAUCAAACAUACAAACAUUUACUCGGUUUGUAAUACCAUUUGUAACGCUGAGUAAAUAUUGAGUCUAAUACUUGUGUUACUUUACACGGAGAUAAACCGAAUUUAGAUAUAUAUUUUUUUUUAACCAAAUUGUAGCAUUUUUAUUACAAACCUGGUAUUACUUUUUUUAUACUUUUUGUGUUUUUACUUUAGAGAAUUGUAUGGUCAUUGAAAACAAUUUCAAAUAAAUUAUCCACAACCUCUUCUGUGUGUGCCACUGAGUUGAUAAUCUCUUAUUUUAGAGUAGUUUAUUUCCUAUGGCAGGAUAGAGCCUAUUAAAUUCAAGUGUCCUGGUUUACGCUUAACCUUAGGGGAGGUCUGUUUGGUCAUAAGCACCACUUAUCUACUGGCACCAGGUACAAUUUGAAGUCUUCAAACCAUCACAGAGUCCAUAUGUGAGAUGCAUAGUACUUGUAUAUUAUGUUUGGAUUUGUAAAUACACUAGUUUUUUGUUUGCAGCAUGGCUUUGGACUGAUACAAUCCUUCCCACCAGAAAAAGCUAAAUAUUGUUGCCCCCAUAGAUCAGCGGUGGCCAAAUAUAGACAAGGAGAUGGACUGAAAAUAAGUAUUAAUCAAUAACUAGGCAGUCAUGUUAAGCCAUAAAAGGCAAAGAAAAGAAGGAUUACUUGUUGAUGGUGUCCAUUCCAAAAUAACAUACACUACAUUUUUCAGUUCUUUUGUUUUUUUUCCCAUUAGUACAUUUGCCAGCAAGUAGAUAUGCUGUUAUAUAUUUAUAUGAUGUUUUCUUUUAGGAUUUCAGAACAGAUGUUGAUCUGGCAUGCAGAGCUGCUGAAGAGUUUGUCAAUCUGUACUAUGAAACCAUUGACAAGAGAAGAAGAGUAAGUGUUUAGUUAUUUUAGAGCAGGGGUGCCCAAAAGGUAGGUCCCCAGACGCUUUGCAUGCUCUUAGAAUGCCUUUAAAAUGCCAAAGCAUCAUGGAAACUGUAGUUUUAAAACAUCCGGGGAUCUACCUAUUGAGCACCCCUGUUCUAGAGCAUACUUUCUUGUCACGCUAUCACUUUAUAAAUAGUAAAAGUGAAUCUAUACACUGCUAACAAAUGUGUAGACAUUGUUUUUGUAUUUAUUUAUCUUUUUUCAGGACUCACAAUUUUCUCUCACUUUUUGGAAAGUGGAAAUCUAGCCCAGGUGAGAGAACUUUUGAGUACCAGCAAUAAACUAUAUGUGGCUAUUUGGUAAAAGUGCUAUACUAGGAAACUUUUUGCCUCAAGACAAAAGCUCCUUCUGGUGAUGAGUAUAAUUGCCACCAAUAUUAUGAGCUCCCGGGAGCUUGCAUUGAAAGUUGACACUCACACUAGACGCCAGGGAUGAGGAUCCACCGGCUCGUGGAAAUAAACUAACAGGAAAGGGUAUUGUAAAUACAUUUAAAAAAAAAUAAUUAUAGUGGAGGAGGGCAAAUCAAAAUGGUAUUUCCCACACACUGGUUCUCUACACACACAUGUAUUCACAUCACACACACACACACACCUACCCUCAAAACACAUUGGAGUCGUCCUUUUAACCCCUUAAGGACCAAACUUCUGGAAUAAAAGGGAAUCAUGACAUGUCACACUUUGUGUCCUUAAGGGGUUAAAGGGAUCCUAUUUUGCAAGGAAAACAAACCCGUUUUCCUGGCACUAUAGGGUUAAUAGGUUCCCCCCUCCCUCGGGGUUGAAGAGGGUUAAAACGCUUUCAGACACUUACCUUAAUCCAGCGCCGGCGGGGAAGACCUAAUGCGCAUGCGCAGCAAUGACCGCACAAGCAUUAGACCUCCCCAUAGGAAAGCAUUAUUCAAUGCUUUCCUAUGGGGAAAAUCUGACGCUGUAGGUCCGUGAGGACUUCCAGCAUCAGAUAACGGACCAAAAGUCUGUUUGGAUUCCGAAAGCGUCCCCAGUGGCUGUCUGGUAGACGGCCACUGGGGGCAGACUUAGAGCUGCAAUGUAAACAUUGCAGUUCUCUGGGACUGCAAUGUUUUACAUUGCAGCACUAAGUGCAAAAGGGUCAAAGCACCCAGACCACUUUAAUUAGCUGAAGUGGUCUGGGUGCCUACAGUGUCCCUUUAAGUAUUUAAUGUUAAUGCAGUAAUUUGACAGUUGGGACUUUUCUUUAAUUCCACAGCAACUGACCAAGCUUUACAUGGAUACAGCAACAAUGGUGUGGAAUGGGAAUGCCAUAUCGGGACAAGCUGCCCUCAUUGAAUUUUUCGAAAUGUUGCCAUCCAGUGAAUACCAGGUCUCCAUGUUUGAUUGCCAGCCAGUCUGUGGUAAGAUUCAUGUAGGCUGCCAUGUUUAAUGAAUAAUAUAACCAAACAUCAGGCUAUACGGAAAUGUUUAAAAAUAUGUAGUUAAGUAGAAUAUUAGGUUCUUGGAAGCCAUCAAAUUGCUCAAUAUUGGAUUGAGGGCUUGUCGCUUCAAGAGAUUUGACAGUUCAGAUUUAAUGCAAUUAUUCAUGCUUAAAGGACCACUCUAGGCACCCAGACCACUUCAUUAAGCUGAAGUGGUCUGGGUGCCUGGUCCAGCUAGGGUUAACCCAUUUUUUCAUAAACAUAGCAGUUUCAGAGAAACUGCUAUGUUUAUGAAUGGGUUAAGCCUUCCCCCUAAUCCUCUAGUGGCUGUCUCAUUGACAGCCACUAGAGGCGGUUGCGUGCUUCUCCCUGUGAUUUUCACUGUGAGAGCACGCAAGCGUCCAUAGGAAAGCAUUAUGAAUGCUUUCCUAUGUGACCGGCUGAAUGUGCGCGCAGCUUUUGCCGCGCGCGCGCAUUCAGCCCAGGAGGAGGAUCGGAGGAGGAGAGCUCCCCGCCCAGCGCUGGAAAAAGGUAAGUUUAACCCCUUUCCCCCUUUCCAGAGCCAGGCGGGAGGGGGUCCCUGAGGGUGGGGGCACCCUCAGGGCACUAUAGUGCCAGGAAAACGAGUAUGUUUUCCUGGCACUAUAGUGGUCCUUUAAGUUAAUUCUUCAAGCACCAUAACCGCUGCAGCAUGCUAUAGUGUUUAUGGUGCCAGCAGUACCUUGACACCUGCUAACGGAAGUCAAAUUGUUUGGUACUCUUGAGGUAAGCAGUGUAAUGUAGGGUUACGAGCCUAUUGUUCUCAGUGAAUGCGCUAUGCCCUGCACAAUUCAGUUUGAGAGGAACUUGCCCAGCAGACUCUAGGUAAGAUAUCAAACCAUUAUUAAAUGGUUUGACUAUUUACAUUGGGGGCACUCCUGGCGCCAUAACCUCAAUAGCGUGCUGUAGUGGUUAUGGAGCUUCGAGUGUUUCUUCAAAACAAAAAACUGAAACCUUUUUUUUUCUCAUGUAAUCCAUGAUUUUUGAGACACAGGCUUGUCCAGUGUUUCAAGCAGUCUUUUCCCAGCCAAUACAUAUUCUCUGAUUUAAUUUUUGUACUACUUAAGCACCUCUCCUUUUUUUUCUGACAUACAAGCAUAUGCAACUGCAGAUAAAUCCUUGAUCUAAAAUCUGCUUAGUGUCCCUGGCUGGUAAACAGAGUAUAGACUAUUGUGUGAUAUGUUGUCCAGCAGGUGGUGCUACAAUCUCAAACAUUUUAUGUAUAUAGUCUUCACUUUAAAAAAAAAAAAAAGAAAUCAUGCCUAAGAAUUGAUAAAGGACUUGAUAGUCUGCAGUGUCAACUGUUUUUCUGUGAGCUCCUUGGAAUCUGAAGGUUUUUGCUGGACUUUUCCUGUUUACCUUCGUAGGUAAUAUAGGACAACUGUCAUAAAGGGGAUUGCCUGACCAUUGUUAUGAAGGGCUUCAGUACAAUUUGAGGUGGAUCUUGAUCUUGUUCUUACUCAUUUUAUGAAAACAUUAGGCAAAUGGGUCCUGACAAGUUAUCAGUAAUGAAGAAGUUAGAGCAUUAUCCAGGCAUACUUACUAAAUGCUAAGAAUGUUAAUCAUCUAGUCCCUGAUAUACAGAUUACAUGAAUAUCAUGCUAAUUAAUAGAAGCCAGAAGGGCCUUAAGUGCAUUAAGCCAUUUGCUUCAGAUUCUUUUUGUUUUGUGCAUGCCAAUUUUUCCAUAUUAUAUCCUAUAUACCUAUGGGGCAGAUGUACUCUGGUUUAUUAUUACUUGACAAAUACAUCUGUACUUUGUAAGGCAUGCCAGCUUCUUAGGCCUUUCCGUCUCAGCAUUGCUGAAUGAAAGGUUAAAACAGUUUGCUUUGGUACUUUGUUCAUCUGUUUGUAAGUACUUGGCCAUGGUACAUUGGAAAGAAUCUGCUUUUUCUCAGUUGAAGAUAUCUCAUGUCCUAAAGCAGGGUUUGACAUAUUCAAGUUGUCUAUGCAUAAUCUAGUAGACCACCCAGCUUUCCCUGCUCCCCUUGCAAAAAAUCCUCACUGAUACACUACAGUGCCAUGAGGAAGUGAUAUGAUGUCACAUCUUCCUUUGCCUUAUCUGACCACAAAAUUUAUGAGUGCGUGAAUAAAAAGGAAAGCUGUCUCCAAUUCUUGCUUCAAGCAUAAUCAACCCACUUCCCCACCAGGAAGAAUGACUUAUUGUAGAUCUUGGACUGAGCUUUUUAUGUGCGUUUAAUUUACCCACCGGCCACCGUAAUAUAAUUGACAUUAGGUGAUAUGCGUAUUGUUUAUUUAAUAUGUACAGCUUUAUUAGAAUGACAGGCAUAGAUGUACAGCAGGGCUCAACUGGGUGUUUGUCAGCCUGUUCAGCAGCAAGGAGGGAGAAUGGGAGAAGUAAUUCUGUUCUUCUUGCUCUGCUUCUUCACACACCCUGCCAGGAGCCGGGAUGUGACAUCAUUCUGGCAUCACCGAACAGUGCGAGAGAGCAGAGCAAGAAGAUAGCAACCACACUAGACCCCAGAGAAAGUUUCCAAUCCAACUUUCCCAAAGGUAGGAAGGUUGGGUGGACUUAAAGGACCACUAUAGUGCCAGGAAAACAUACUCGUUUUUCCUGGCACUAUAGUGCCCUGAGGGUGCCCCCACCCUCAGGGACCCCCUCCCGUGGCGAGGAAGAGGUUAAUCCCUUAACUUUUUUCCAGCGCCGGGCUCCCUCGACGCUGGGACUCUCCUCCCUCUUCUGACGUCCCUGGCUGAAUGUGCAUGCGCGGCAAGAGCCGUGCGCGCAUUCAGACAGUCUCAUAGGAAAGCAUUCUCAAUGCUUUCCUAUGGGUGUUGGCAUCUUCUCACUGAAAAUCACACCAGGAAGAAUGGCAUAUUGUAGAUCUUGGACUGAGCAUUUUAUGUGCGUUUAAUUUACCAAUGAGACAGCCACUGGAGGCUGGAUUAACCCUAAUGUUAACAUAGUUUCUCUGAAACUGCUUUGUUUACAACUGCAGGGUUAAAACUAGAGGGACCUGGCACCCAGACCACUUCAUUGAGCUGAAGUGGUCUGGGAGCCUAUAGUGGUCCUUUAAAUUAAAAUUAAUAAUAAUUUGUGCGUGUGUGUCUUUUUGUUUAGGUGAUCGUCUCCCCUUCAGUCGCAUGGGAAAUGUGUUUUUAUGCAAUGGCUCCUAGAUUCAAAAUAAUUUUGUCAGGCCCUGAUGUACUGUAUUUAAAUUGAAAAUAUGUCUCAAAAUUAGUUUUGGUUGUGUUAACAUAAUGGACAUAUCUAAGACUGGGUAUUGAUUGGUUUAUUGUAGGAAAUGCUAUAGUAACUUUGUACGUGUUAGACUGUACUCUCAUUCAAGCAUUCUCAUUCAAGUAAGUACUAAAAAGGAUUACUUUACAAUUCAACACCCUUAAUUAGGCUUCAGUUUGUUUUGGAUCAGAAAAUGCCUGUCUGCCAACGCAUCACACAGCAACAGCAUAGUCUCUGUUAACACCAGAGACAGAACAGCUUCUAUUUACUUCCCAUUUUGUUUCACUCCACGCUAUGCCAUUAUAGAUUAGCAGCAAUGGGAGGAGAGAGCAACUAAUUAAACAAGCGUGUGGAUGCACGUUCUAUGUAUGUCUGUGAGGUCAUUGCACAUGAAUGCAAGUCUGUGUGUUUUUGUGGGUCUUAGUAUGAAUAUAUGUUUCUGAGUAGCUGGCUUGUUAAAUAUAUAGGUCUUUUCAAUUUGGGACCAUUUGGUAUUUAGUGAAUUAUUGUGUGUGUGUCUGUGUUUUAAUAAUGAUUGACUCCUAAGCUAGGGAAAUAUGUCAAGCCAUAUCCUAUGUAUGUAUGUAUGUAUAUAUACACACACUAAACAUAGCUGGUUUAUCACGAUCAACUCUGAAAAGAGCAGAUUGAUUAUCCAAAGUUGAUAUACCACAUUCUGUAGAGUAAAAUUUUUGUUUCUGUAGGGCAUUUUUUACAUAACACCAGCAUGUAAAAUGCACAUGUCUGUUACCUGUGGGAUUUCGCAUUUUAGUUGCAUUAUACCCAAGUUGCAGCAUUAAACCUACUGAUUAGGUUUUAUAAUUGGCAUGAACAUGCCACAUAAAAACUUUCUUUGACCCACUACAUUCUCUCUGCUCCUGCCAACCUUGUGCGAUAUUAGCUGGUGUCAUCACGAUGUAAGCACUAAAUUCUUGCAUAUGCAUGACAGUACAAGCUAAAAAAAAUAAAAAAUCUCUGCAACUUCCUGCUUAUUGAUAGGCAUGACUGUUUAAAUCAUACUUAAAUGUAUUAAAUACAAACCUCUACUCUGCACAAGCAUAUUUUAAUUAAUGUGCCCAUUAAACUAGGAGUUCUGCAGAAAAUAAUAUAGAAUUCAAAUGCAACUUAAAAAAAUAUUUUUUUAUUUUUAAAUAUUAGAAAUGUACAAAAAAGUGAAGGUAUUAAUGUGUUUGAAAUAAUUUAUCACAGAUGUGACUGGCCAUAUAACCUGUUGUAAGAUGUCAUAAUACGUCCAUUGCAAAUAUUAACAUAAUUGACAUAUGCUUUGUUCCCUUGUCUUUUUAAAGAGCAAGCUACCCAAGGCCAGAAAACGGUUUUGGUUGUCGCCCACGGAUCAGUGAAAUUUGAAGGAAAUAAACCACACUACUUCAACCAAAACUUCUUAUUGUCUCUUCAUGCAACAGCAACGAGCAACGUGUGGAAGAUUGCAAGUGACUGUUUCCGUUUCCAGGACUGGGCCAGCUAGUGCAAGUGCUGCACAUUUCCUCUAUGACGUUGUGUGCCUGGACCAAGAUGUCUGGUUAUACCUGUGACUGAUCUUAGAACUGCUAGGAUGUCUUGUCUGAACCUGUGGCUGUAAACUUGUUGCAAUGCAUGUAUACGGUGCCAGACAACUGGGAUUUGCCUGUGUACUGUUAACUAUGUAGGAGCAUCAUUCCGUGUGUGUGUUUUCAGACAUAUAUGUUUUUUCUAAAGUAUAUUUUUUCCUUAAAAUCAGAAAUUUCAAAAUUUGAAAAUAAUGUAAAACCAUUUUAUGAGGGUUUUUUUUUUUUAAAUGCUUUUGAAUAGAUACAGACAGUGUAUUUCUUGAGCUUUGUAUGUAUAUUAAACAUUGUUUAACAAAAAAAGCCAAUGUUUCAUGCUACUGUUUUAGAUAUUUAAUUAGUAAUCACAUAAAACAAGUUACAUUUUAUGGUAAUUUUAUUUAUUCUUUGCAUGUAGACAGGCAGAGUAGUCACCUGUGGUGCCACUAUCAGACAAUUGCCUUCUCUGCUUAAUGUGAAAUCUGGCCCUGCACACGCAAGUAGUGAUAUUAAUGCAUUGUGGCAUCUCUCAUGUGGAGGUCUGAAUAAGUAUAUUUUUUUAUUAUUAUUUUUUUACAUUUAUAACCUUUGCACUGCACAACACCUCUUUAUUGUUUGACUUUUAAAUGUAUCGAUAGCACCCAACACAGACAGAUGAAGUUUACAUCUGUGUGUUACUAUAAAUAUAAAUGUAAAGAUAUUUCAGACAACAUGACGAGCGAUUUGUGUUUGUAUUCUGAAGGGUGUAAAUUAAAAAUCUAGUUAUUUAAAAUGGGAUAAUUGUUUUGACAUAGCAUAACUGCUCUUGAGAGUAAUGAGCUUGGUAAUUGAGCACAGAACAUGUUCAUUACAGCAGGUUUACUGCAACUAUAAGUUCUUUUGAAUAUUUGUGCCUGUUUUUGAGUUAAUAUGUCCACCCCAUUGGAAUUAUAAGGUACCGGUAAUCAGUUACAGCAGGAAACUGCAUAAUUUUGAGGGUGGACAGACGGAACGUGAUUGCAUAGUCUAUCGUGCAUUCUUUCAUUUGAAAUUCUACAUCUGUUACUUGUUAAAUCAAACACUAGUGAGUGAUUAUUUUUAGGUUUUAAAGUUGGAUUCCGUUACUUGUAAUACAUUUACCUUUUAGUUCUCUUACAAACCUAUAAUGAACCACUCUAGUUUUUCUUUUGAAUUUACACCUCAUAAACAUGAAAUUGCAGUUUUAAAUUGUGAGCUCUAUGUUGCUUGUGUGUAAUGUUUGCAAUAGUCCUUGGGGUGGAGAGCAGCAGCAAAUAUAGCUAAAUACAUCAGCUGUGUUGGGGACAAAGCAGCAGCCAGAGUAUAGCCAGAAUGGGGUGGUACUAUAGUGUUACCAUACAAUCGUCAUGGAGGGAAUAGGGCCAGUUCAGCAACCAAAGUACACUUACCAUAAUUACUUAUGCCCCCAGCAGAGAGAUGGGGCGAAAUCAUCAAACAUCAGCUCACAUGAAAAGUGCCCACUUACCUGACAUGACUGUCCUUUGACUGCAACUGCAGACUAAGGCUUCUGUGACUCCGAUUACUCGCAUGGCAAUGAGAUCCCAACUGCAUUACAGGCCUGGUAUAGACCAGAGAAUGAAGUCAGAUGCAGAUGCCUUUUCCUCUACUAAGGGGGGCAUGAAGCUUUAAUUGGACCUGAGAGAGGUCUGGCCAGUGUGCAGAAGGAGAUAGGAUGCCUAAAAUACCAGAUCAGAGAUACUGAGUCCUGAGAGGGUUAACACAAGGGCCAGUUUAAUGAAACUUAAUCACAGAUUGACAAACUUACCCAACAAUUCCAAUGACUCUUUUGCAUUGUGGCUUCCUUCGAAUCACAGCACCAAUGUAGAGAUGUACGGAUACCCAGGGCUCCUGAAACAGUGGGCCCUGUUGACCUUUGCUAAUAGUCUUGCACCAGCUUUGGAGUUGAGGGAGGAUGGCUGAUGUUCCUUUAUAGUGCCAGCAUUCUGAAUCCAAAAGGCCACUACUGCUCCUGUUGAUGCAUUCAGGGAGAUAAUUGUAGUAUCCAGGGUGAAGGAGACCCUGCUGGGGGCCUAGUGAACUCACCACAAUGGGACAAUGUCCUAAUGCUAGCCCCUACAUGCCAUGACAAAGAGGCCGCGGGACUCCCUAAGCCACUGGACAAACCAGUGGACACUGAGCUAAACACUAUGCAUGUGUUCAAAAUCCUUGCUUGGAAAUAAUAGACCCAUGAGCUUAACUUCUGUGGCUGGGAAAGUAUUUGAAAGGCUAUUAAGGGAUAAUAUGCAAGAAUUCUUUGCAAAGAACGUGGUUAUCAGGAAAAAUCAGCACGGUUUUAUGAAGCACAGGUCAUGUCAAACUAACUUGAUUGCAUUCUACGAAGAAGUAAGUAUACUUAUAGAUCUGGGUGUUGCAGUGGUUGUGAUCUAUUUGGAUUUUGCCAAGGCAUUUGAUACAGUUCCACACAAGAGAUUAGUGUUCAAACUCCUGCACCGCAAGUACCAUGUUUCUUAGUGUAACAAGUUAUACUGAAAUACCUCUGAUGUUUAUAGAUACAUGUUUAUAAUUUUGUUUGUGCAAGCUUAUCUGGUAACCUGGAGGCACAGCGUAUCCACACGCCGCGCUGUAUAAAUGCGACCUUAUAACAUACCGUGCCUCAGACACUAUAGUGCAGAUUAUACAAGCCGUAACACCAUGAGACAGAAAGCUUAUCGCCAGAAUGCUCAAACCAUAAAGCAUUUACUGCAUUUUUGCCAUACAACCAUUACUAGCACUAGACAUAAUACUGGUAGGCCUGCUUGAUUUGAUUUGGUUCGGUCUUCACAUACCAGCCUUGGCCUGUAAUGCUUAACCGGUGAGCCCCUACAUAAUCAUAUACACUGGAAGGGUCGCACACGCCAUACUGCUCACUCACUUAACCUGUUACAAGUUUAUGUUAAGCGACUUAUAUUGCAUAUUGCCUAAAACUGUUUACGAAAAGCAUUGUUAAAUCAUAAAAAAUAAAAAAAAGAGACACAAAUGUUAUGGACAUGAUAGCUACCAUUCUUAUUCCACCCUAUACUGUAAUCUGAAUGCAC